AUGUUCGUGGAAGAGUUUUGGCGCGCAACGAAAGAGAACGACGAGGACGAGCCUGGUCCGAUCGUUGGUGUCCCUCUUGUGCCGGAAACUGCCCUAAGGUGCCUGCAGCAACUCCCGGGAGCGGCGCUGAGCAAGGACGCGACGACUCCAGAGAAGAAGAAGCGGAAGUUGCAGGCAGAGAAGGAAGGAGCUUUCGGGAAGUGGUCCUGGAAGCGGCCACACGGAAGAAGAUCGAUCGGUAAGAAGCCCGGUCACGACGAGCACUGCGUGAUCCUCAGCGGAGCAGUAAGUGCAAAGGAGAUGAAGCGGUUCGACGAAGUCGUCCACCAGCGUGAGCUGGCUCAAGGUAAGCUCGUUACAAUUCUCGCAAGUUUGGAAAACAAUUCGGAGCUUACUUGGGCCACGUUGAAGACGUGCCAGAAGGAGGUAGAAGUCGCGUACGAUGCGUACCAUACGGCGUACGGGCAGAUCCUUGGCAUGGUUCCGUCAACAUCACGGGACGAGCAAGAUGCCCUCUACGACGCCUUCGACGACCUGCACACAGAGGUCCUGACGGUCAUCGAAGAGAAGCUGCCAGAAGUGAGCCAGCCCACACGACGAAGAAACGCGUACACGCCUGGUGUACCACAAUGGGUGGACGAGACAACGAACCCAACAACCGUUAAGAUCGUCGGAUGCGCCAACGAGGCGGCCAUCGACGAACCCCAGAAGCGUUCCGGGAAGCUGCUGUCAGAGCAGCUGGACACGGAAGAUCGGGUACGACCGGAGUGUACCAUCCCGCAUGGUGAACGGUCAGAGAACAACCACAAGAUCGAAAAGCCCAAGACAAUCAUCGACACAUGCAAGAUCGCUGACGAGGACUCGUCACAUCCCACCAAGAAGCCACCCGGACAGAACGCAACGGAUGAUCCGGGUCAGCAGAAGAUGGUCUUGACCGCCGGAAGUGAGCCGGCACAGAAGUGCGACGUGUGCGGACUAGGCCAGCACAAGAGCUGGAAGUGUCCGCAAUUCCUGGAGAAGACAGUCCCCGAACGGCUGUUCAAGACAAAAGAGAAGAGCCUCUGCUUCAACUGCCUCCGGACGGGACAUACCCCGGCGCAGUGUGUGUCCAUCGGAGCGUGCGCGACGUGCAAGAAGCGUCACCACACCCUGCUGCACGCCGAGUGCCGGAGAAACCCCAAGCAACCGACAACACAAACGAAGGUGGAGCAACCUGGUGCUCCACAACAAGCCGACACGAGUCCAGUGACGCCAGAAGCCAGCUCCUCUGGACAAGGACAACUAGCGCCAGACGCGCUGUCAGCCGUCGCGGACUCUCGGAAUAAACCCUGCAGCCCACACCCCUGCAGUUGUUUAUUAAUAACUACACAACAUGAACUGGACAGACACCACGCGAACGAGUUGGCUGACAUCGAAGAGCAGUCACGUUCCAACACCAUGGCGAUUCCUGCUGGAGUUCAACUCGCCGUCAGAGUCAACUUGGUGGCUCUGCGCGAGACGAGCUUCAGCCAGGUCUUGGACAGCACGAUUGGAAGUGGCGCAGCACACGAAGAAGCGGUCCUGAUUCAAGGCACGGAGUUUGAGGAUCAACCCAACUUGGAGCAGCACACCGAAGCCUGCGCACGAGAAGUUGGUGAAACCUACAAGGAAACAAGUUUAGUGAGUGAUCAAACAGCACAAGGAAGAUUUUACCUGCUGUUCCAGGCGAUGCUACGCACAUCGAAGACAACGCUGGCUUUCCAAGCCGAGCGUUUCCAAGGAGGAGAGACAAGGUGCAGCGCCCGGCUGCAAUCAACGCUCUUGACGGCGGCGCGUACAAGUACGCCGCACAAGGCUGCUGCAGUUGGCACACAGCUGAGGUUUGAUGAGCGUUCAAAGCAUCGAGCAACUGCAGCACCAGUGAUUAUGAAGAAGACGAAGAGUGGCUCUGGAAGAACCCACCCACACCAGCGGUCGGUGUGCGCCGACCCACUGACGAAGAGGACAUUUGGAGCCGCUGAAGAUCGUCCAAGUGGAAGCGAAACAAGAUGCCGGUUUCCGACAAUCGGCAAGCAACAGGAAGCACUGAAGUUCAUCCUUCAAGUCGUCCAGUCCUUUUGGCAGCCCCUGCGAUUGUCAACUGCGCCUGUACGAAACAACACGACCUGUAAGUACUACACGAAGUUAAGCAACGGGAUGACACAAGUUCGCAGCUGGUCGAAGCCAAAGAAGCCCCCCGAAGAAACAACUCAAGACUUGCCUGAUACUUUUGGACAACAGACGGGAGCCGGAAUGACUAGAAGGCGGAAGUGUGACCUCUGGAUUGCAUGGAGGUCACUUGCAGUUCUUCGCGGGUGGAGGAUGUUCGAGCCUGAACCUGUCAGCUCGAAGAAAAUUUUGGUUUGGUUUUGGCAGCACUGCGCUUGCUGUGAUGACAACUGCCACGAAGGUGGCAACCCAGCCUGCGUCGUUGCCAACAGCGAAAAAGACGCGCGCAACGACGUGUGCUCGGCAGCAAGCGAGACAGAGCUGGCAACAGCGCGUCGACGACGACGCCGUGAAGGGAUCGCGCGAAACGACGUGCGCGGCAAAAACGCGCCGUUGACGACGGCCUGAGCGAGAGAGAGAAAGGGAGAACGAACGGCGCACGAAGAUGUUCGUGGAGGAGUUUUGGCGCGCAACGAAAGAGGACGACGAGGACGAGCCUGUGCGUCGGAACAAGUGAAGAUUUAAGUUCAUCGCAAGCAGCCGAACCGGUCGGACGUUAAGUCGAGCGCGUCGCGAUCGUCGGAAGAGACGCUAAGUUUUACCACUAAAAUUAAGUUAUGUUUAGUUAAUAGAUUAGUGAAGAGAAAUUGUAGUGUUUUCUGUUUGCCUGCGAUACUUCCGAUCCUCCCAACUGGUUCCCCAAGUCCGCCUGAGCCUGUGAAAAAAGACGCCAAUAUGAUUUACAUUAAAUAGGAAUUUACAGGAAGCCGAACACGGGUAGAAAUUCAUCAGAUUUGAGUUUCCAUGCUCAACGUUUCCAUUACAUUCAUGAUUUACAUUAGAUUUAGAUUUACAUUGGAGUAAUUUCCAUGACUUUUUACUCUUUACAUCAUAUUUCAACAUUACAUUGAGUGAGUUUACAUAAGAAACAGUAAUUUCGUGCUGUGUAAAUUUACAUAUUUUUUUCUGUG